UGAAAUCUUGGUUUUAAUUAACGUUACGCAUGCGAAUUAUCAAGAUAUGGUGCUGAGUGCCCGCUAACAAUGUGUCUAACAUACGUUUGUUUGUAAUAUGUACCCAAAUAUAAUGAAAUUAUCACUGCUAUUGUUUUAUAUCAUCGUCAAAUAUUGUGCUGGAGAAAAUAUCAAUUAUUCAUGCGAAUGCGGGAUAGCUGGUAAGAACCGUCGCAUAGUAGGAGGGUCUGCGGUGCAACCACACCAGUAUCCGUGGCUUGUGUCGCUUAUGUUGGGUCAAAAGCUGCACUGCGGGGGUGCCAUCAUCACUGACCUUCACAUCCUUACCGCCGGACACUGUAUAACCUUUGGGGUACAUUUCCGGGAUCUGACAGUGAACGUGGGUAUGCACGACCGCCUCAGUUCUUCGUUCUCCGUGUUCUCUGUCAUAAAAGGUGAAAAGCAUCCCAACUUCAAGUCAAACGCGGUUCGAGACAUAAACGACAUCGCCGUCCUAACUCUGGACAAACGAUUGAAAUUCUCCGAUAAAGUGCAGCCGAUCUGUUUACCGAAUGCAGACAUGGAAUUCAGUGACAUAGUACUAACAGUAGCUGGAUGGGGUAAAACUAGACAAGGCGCGUUGACAUCUUCUAGAUAUCUGCAAGAAACUAAAGUAAAACAAGUUGAUUCUGAUGAGUGCACAAAAUCAGCUAUAUAUAAAGAUAACCUAGUCCCCGAAGCAAUGAUGUGUGCUUACAAUCUUGGGAAGGAUGCGUGUCAGGGAGAUAGUGGCGGACCAUUGUUUUCAACUCAUCCAGCCACUCGCAAUUCAAAAUGGUACCAAGUCGGAAUAGUAUCUUGGGGUAUAGAUUGUGCUAUGCCGGGUUACCCAGGUGUUUACACGAUUGUGUCAAAAUAUAUUCCUUGGAUCAAACAACAAACAGCUGAGGGAACAAACCAAUAUUGCGGUGACUGUGCCUUGGACUGUUUGGUGUUUAAAAAAACAAUGUUUUAUAUCUUUAUUUUUUUCACCAUAACACAGUUACAAUUGCUAUGGGGAUUAGAUUGUGAAUGUGGGAAGCCGUCAGAUUCAGUUUUCUCCAUGAGGAUAGUGGGUGGCCGGAGAGCGGAGCCACAUUCGUACCCUUGGACUGUAGCCAUUAUAAACAACGGCCGUAUGCACUGCGGGGGCGCAUUGAUUACUACAAAACAUGUACUUAGCGCUGGACAUUGUUUCAAAUGGGAUUCGAUAAGAGAUAUGAUAGUUCUUCUUGGUUUGGACAACAUGGACGACUUGUCUAACGUUGAGAAACGGAAUAUAUCUUCAGUGGUCAUCCACGAACAGUUCUCUUCGACAGCUCUACGUGACGAAAAUGACAUCGCUAUAGCCACUUUGAACGCAUCUGUGCCAUUUGGAGAGACUAUUUCUCCGAUUUGCUUACCCAGUCCAGGUCAAAACUUCGGUGGAUAUGUUGGUACUAUAGUAGGUUGGGGACGAAUAGGAGUGGAUAAAACUUCAUCAAGAGUUCUCAUGAAGGCGUCAUUAAAGAUACUGUCGGACCAAGACUGCAUGGCGUCUAAAUUAGCAGACCAUCUCAAGCCAAUGAUGAUGUGUGCGUUUUCUAAAGGAAAAGACGGCUGUCAGGGUGAUAGCGGAGGCCCGCUUUUGGUUUAUGACACGAAUGGAAGAUAUGUGCAAGCUGGUGUCGUUUCUUGGGGAAUUGGAUGCGCCGAUCCUAGAUAUCCAGGAGUCUACACUAAAGUGAGCCACUUCAUUGAUUGGAUUCGUCGACAUUCAGGUAAUGGAGAAAUGUGCGAAAAUUAAUCGUAAUUUGUAAAUAAAACAUUCU